AUGGUCGACAAGUGUGGGCAGUCCAUGCUUAUGUCCAUUAUGCCAAUGGGCUCGAGCCCACCGAACAGAUGUACGGCCACGAGGCAUGGUGUUCGGAGAGACUUUGUGGUCUUAAAGCAAAAUCCGAUCCCUUCAACCGCUUCCGACGUGAUCCUCUCACGUAGACAGAUCGAAGCCCUAAUUGCAGAGGGGCAAUCGAUUAUUAUCGUGAACCAGAAGGUUCUUCGUGUGGAUGCCUGGAUUCCGUAUCAUCCUGGCGGACAGAAGGUUAUCCAGCAUGUUGUUGGGAAGGAUGCGACGGAUGAGUUCACUAUAUUCCACUGUGAAGAGACGCGACAGAUGAGUGAGAGGUACCAAAUUGGUCGGAUUGAGGGAAGAUGGGCGAAUUUCGUGCCACCUAUUCAAGGAGGAGUUUUUCGGUCGGAGGACGAAGAAGAUGAUGAAUCGACUAUCUUAGUCAAGGAACAGCAAGAUAGUUCCUCGACAGGGCUCGAAGUUGCCGCUGUAGAUUCAGGGAUCCACAAACGAGGCAGUCAGCCUGAACCAAGGGAGGAUAUGGCCACUCAAGACGAGAUGGCCUUUCUCGACACGGAAACCAAAGAGGAAAUCAAACUCACCUUAUCCAAGUACCCAGCUCUGGAUGAUGCAACCCAGGACGAAAUCAUCGCCAAAUACCGACUCCUGCACAAGCAAAUUCACGCUGAAGGCCUUUACACAUGCAACUACACAGCCUACGCCUGGGAAUUCGCCCGCUGCUCCCUCCUGUUCAGCAUCAUGCUUUUCUUCCUCCACAUAGGCUGGUACAACACGAGCGCUCUCUUCCUAGCCUGGUUCUGGUCCCAAAUGGUAUUCGCCGCCCACGACGCCGGGCAUAUCGGAAUCACCCAGAACUUCACGAUCGACAGUCUGAUUGGGAUGACGAUCGCCGCACCCAUCGGUGGCCUCUCCCUAGGGUGGUGGAAACGCAGCCACAACGUCCACCACAUCGUAACCAACGCGCCCGAACACGACCCCGACAAUCAACACCUCCCUUUCCUGGCCGUCAACCACCGCUUCCUCGGCAACAUCUUCUCCACCUACCACGAACGACUCCUGGCAUAUGACAAGUUCGCCAAAGCCCUCGUCCCCUACCAAGCCUACUUGUACUACAUCAUCCUCCUCUUCGGCCGCUUCAACCUCUACGUUCAAUCCUGGCUCUUCCUCGCUAAAGGCCAAGGACCCCGCAAGGGUCCGGCAAAAUGGCACCGCUGGUACGAGAUCUGCGGAAAUGUGAUCUUCUGGCUCUGGUUCGGCUACGGCAUCCUCUACAAAUCUAUCCCAACACCACUAUCCCGCAUCUCCUUCGUCUUAAUCAGCCAUAUGGCUACAAUGCCCCUCCACGUCCAAUUCACCGUCUCCCACUUCGCAAUGUCAACAACCGACCUCGGGCCUAACGAAUCCUUCGCCCAGAAAAUGCUCCGCACAACCAUGGACGUCGACUGUCCACCUUGGCUGGACUGGGUCCACGGCGGACUGCAGUUCCAGGCUAUUCACCAUUUGUAUCCCCGCGUGCCGCGGCAUAACUUGCGCAGGGCGCAGGCGUUGGUUAUGGAGUUUUGUCGGGAUGUGGGGAUUCCAUACGCGCUUUAUGGGUUUGUGGGUGGGAAUCGGAAGGUCUUGGGUGGGUUGGCGGAGGUGGCCAGGCAGGCGGCUAUUUUGGAGAAGUGUCGCAGGACGGUUGUUGAGAGGGGGGAGUUUGUUUGGGGGUUGUAG